AAAUUAUGGGAAGAGGCCUACUGAGAAAAAGAAUGAAGGAACAGAGGUGGUGAAGUACCCUUCGACCAGAGAAGAUACCUUCUUGGGAUACAGGGGGUGAGCAACUGACCUUCUCAGCAGAGUUGGUGCUUGUAUCUGGAGUAGAAGACUGUACUAAGCCCACUGCAUGAUCAAUUUCCUGUCCAGCUGCUGAGUCUGCUGCAUUGUCUCUGGUACGGCUACAAGUAUGACUUGACUGACUUGCAUUCAUGGCUCUUGGAUGAUCUGGUGAACCAUGGAGCUCAAAGUAUGGGUGGAUGGAGUCCAGAGAAUUGUUUGUGGGGUCACUGAAGUCACAACGUGCCAGGAGGUGGUUAUAGCUCUUGCUCAGGCUAUUGGUCGCACCGGGAGGUACACGCUGAUAGAGAAAUGGAGGGACACGGAGAGGCACUUGGCGCCUCAUGAAAAUCCGAUCAUCUCGUUGAAUAAAUGGGGACAGUACGCCAGCGACGUGCAGCUAAUACUGCGCCGCACUGGGCCCUCCCUGAGCGAGAGGCCAACUUCAGACAGCGUGGCUCGAAUUCCAGAGAGAACUUUGUAUCGGCAAAGCUUGCCUCCGUUAGCCAAGUUGAGGCCCCAGAAUGACAAAUCAAUAAAAAGGAGAGAGCCAAAAAGGAAAUCUCUGACUUUCACUGGGGGGGCGAAAGGAUUAAUGGACAUUUUUGGUAAAAGUAAAGAAUCCGAGUUCAAGCAAAAGGUGCUCAACAACUGUAAAACAACAGCAGAUGAGCUGAAGAAACUGAUUCACCUCCAGACAGAGAAACUUCAGUGUAUUGAAAAACAGCUGGACUCCAAUGAUGCUGAGAUCCGCUACUGGGAACAAAAGUAUAAUUCCAGCCUGGAGGAGGAAAUUCUCAAACUAGAACAGAAGAUCAAAAGGAAUGAAGUAGAGAUUGAAGAGGAAGAAUUUUGGGAAAAUGAGCUACAGAUUGAACAAGAGAAUGAAAAACAGCUGAAGGAGCAGCUCCAGGAGAUGAGGCAGAGGAUCCUGGAGUGUGAAAGCAAGCUGAAGGACUACAUGUCUCAAAUCCACAAUAUGGAAAGUGGCCUUGAAGCAGAGAAGUUGCACCGGGAAGUUCAAGAAUCCCAAGUGAAUGAAGAAGAGGUCAAAGAAAAGAUCGAGAAGGUGAAAGGUGAAAUUGAUAUUCAGGGCCAGCAAAGUCUCAGAUUGGAAAAUGGCAUUAAAGCUGUAGAAAGAUCUUUGGGCCAAGCUACCAAACGGUUACAGGACAGGGAGCAAGAGCUGGAGCAGCUGACAAAGGAGCUGCGACAAGUCAAUCUCCAGCAGUUUAUCCAGCAAACGGGAACAAAGGUCACGGUGUUGCCGGCAGACCCCGUCGAGGUGGAAGCCCCGCACGUGGAGCUCGAGAGAGAGACAACAUUUCAGUCUGGGUCACUGAAACGCCCUGGCUCAUCAAGGCAACUCCCCAGUAACCUUCGGAUUCUACAGAAUCCCCUGUCAUCUGGUUUUAACCCAGAAGGCAUUUAUGUAUGACAGUAUAUACCUCUUCUGGAGAGCACCUAGAAAGAUACCCCGGACAAGAUACACUUUUUUUUUUUUAUUAUUAUUCUACCAAUGAUGAAUGGAAGAAGCUUUUCUGUUAAGCCACCAUAUUUUAAUUUUCUUCUUCCUCUGACACACCACUUGGAGCCAUACCCUGUGCACUGAUGCUAAAGAACAGAGGAGCUGUUUCAGCUCAUAAUUGGCAAUGAUGAACUUGCUGUCACACAGCUAGAGUGCAAAAUCCUUCACUCAUUUUUGCCACUUCAGAAGUGUUUGGGAAAGUAUUAUUCAAUGCAUAGGCAUAAAUAAAACACUGAGCAGGGUGAAGGAAACAAUGUAUGCAACUGAUCUGAAGUUUAAUUUAUUCCCUUUAAUCAAUGGACAUGUGAAUGUUGACCUUUUAUAUUUUUAUUUUUAACUCGUGAAUAAUCAUAUACUGUUGUACAGCAGUCUGACAAGGUGACUUUAAUUUGUGUAUACAAACAUCUAGCAUUUGAUCAAGUAUAAUAACUUGCAAUGCAGAGUGUUUUGUGGAGUGCUGAACCUUUAAAAUGGUUUCUCACCACUGAUUGUUUUAACUUCUGCUGUGGGUCAUAUGUCGUGUUCCAUCUGUUGCUACUUUUUAAGGCCUGAAAAGUGAAUUUGCAGGAUUUACUUGCUGUUGGGUCUGCCUUGACUGAAGCACCUAGUGUUCAAAAGAUUUAUGAAUUUAAACCUUGUCUUGAUAAGAAUAUUUCCAGCAUAUGAUUGAGGAUGCACUAGUUAGAUGAUAUUUUAUUAUAUAGAAUGUAUAUUUGAAAUAUUUUGCCACAUUGUAUAUGCCUUUUGAGAAAAGAACAAUGUAAGAAGUUGUCUUCAUAUGUCUUACCAGAAGAGGGUAGGAGGCUUUCACUGUGUGCGAUUUUGUACUUUAUUUUUCCACUAGCCGUUACAGUGUUCUUGUUUUGCAGUAAAUCUUGUUGUUGGAGGAGGG